GUAGAGGACUAGCACGUCUCUGCAUCCAUUGACUAGCUUGGUGACAUGACCGCAUCUGAUGAUGUCAUCCCUCUUCCCCACGUAGUGAGAGGAGGGCGGGGGCAUUUGAGAUGAGGAGGGAGGAGAAGGAGAGGAGGUCUCAUCCUCAGAGGACAUGUUGGCCACUUGUUGUCCUGCUGAAGAACAAAAAUGCAGAAAAAUUCAAAUGUGUGAAUUUAUAAAAGGCAGCACGAGUUCACAGUUUGGUGAAGGAAGCUUCCAUAAAAUGAUGCCUGGCACUGCUCUGGAUGCUAUGUGCGCAUGCGCUGCGUGUGGUCGUUCAAGGUCUGUGGAAAAAUGGGGGGUCAAGUGGCACAAUCCGAGGAGUACACGAAAAGACCAUGAGGACACCAAGUGGCGGAGAAGAUGGUGUGGGGCGGUCAUGGAAGUAUCGAUCCCUCCAUAGGACGCGCCAUUGACAGGCAAAACGCUAUAUUUUACACAAAUCCUUCCAGACUGACCGGCGACAGAAAAUGUAAAAAGCGAGUUUGAUAUCUUUCACAAAACUAAACGUGAUAAUUAAAAAUAUGUGUUUUUGUUACGUGAACAAACGAAACCAAAAAACACAUGAAAGUGCUGAUGGGAACGGUGUGCUAAAAGACAAGUGUGGCGGUAACUCUGGCAAAAUUACAACGAGAAUAAAACCACAUACUUUAUAAUGCUGUUCCCAUAUUAUAUAUCUUAUUUUUCUCCAUUACUCGAUGGUUUGAUAUAUUUAACGAAACUAAACGUGAUCAUUAAAAAUGUGUGUUUUUGCUAAGUGAACAAACGAAACCAGAAAACACAUGAAAGUGCUGAUGGGAACGGUGUGCUAAAAGACAAGUGUGGCGGUAACUCUGGCAAAAUUACAACGAGAAUAAAACCACAUACUUUAUAAUGCUGGUCCCAUAUUAUAUAUCUUAUUUUUCUCCAUAACUCGACAUUCGAAGUUAACGAAAAGCAAACUAAAUUUCAGCGCAAAAGUGGCUGUGAAGAUUAGCUUAACUCGCUAGCAGCGGAGGAACUCGUUGUUGUGUGCUACCUCCAAUACGGUCCGGAAGCGGUUUUGUGUUUCCUUUAUUAUUGUCCCACUGAAACUCUACCGCAUAGUUAUUUCCGUAUUUCGGUCAUAAAUAAAAAAAAGCCAGCUCUGUUGCCUGUGACAGCAUAGCAACAUUAUAUAUGCUUCUUAUACAUUGCGAGUAAGAGUUAGCAUAAAAAUACCCCCAUCUGUGGAAUCUCAAGACAUCUGCCCUGCUUGACCGAGAUAAGUCAACUCUAAUAUUGGAUUAUCCUCUUCUGCCGUGUGUGUAAGAUUUCACUUGGGAUAAAAUAUCUCUUUGACGCCCAGCAUUACCGUUACCAUGGAGACCAAGGUCGUAUAUCGACUUUGUGAUACUUUGUGAAUUCGUACACGUCAGAGAUAGCGAGUAAUUUAAUCAACGUUCCAUUGCUUCUUUAAAGUUAUAUUAUUAUUCGCCAGUAUCCCCACAGCAUUAGCUUUGUUUUUUAUAAGUGUGCUGCAACUUUUUGCUCUCGACAUAAGUCAACGAUUGUCCCUCGAGGAUGCGUCAAAGGACGUUCGCGGUACACGUUCCGACAACAUAUUACGAUCUUCCUCUGUGUCGUUGAGUGGGCUCAUAACGCCGCCUGUGUGCUGCGUAUGCUCCCCUGCAUGCAGGCAUGCAAGUCGCUGGGUACUGUGAUGACCCGGCAGUCACCCGGAUUGACGGAUUGAUUGACGAGGGCGGGACAUCAGGACGGACGUAUUGUCAACAUGGCGGCGGGUCUGUGGAGGAAAGUGGAGGCCCUGGAGACCAGAAACAGCGCCAUGAAGCUCGGCCUCUUUGAGUGCCUGAAGGCAGUAGGACUUCAGCAUCGCUACGAGCGCUUCACCUGCAUGGGAAUCCGCCACGCGGCGCACCUCUUAUGCAUCACCUCGGAGGACCUCCCCAUGUUGGAGAUCCGCACAAAUGAAGACAAGAGUCGUCUCUUGAGUCUGGUGCAUCUGGUCAAAACGUUGGAGCAGGAGGGGAUUGGGUUAGGACUCGGACAGGAUUCUGAUGUGCGUGAUGGAAAAGCCACCGUGGUGGAUACUAUUAUGAAAAAUGACCAGGAUGCUGCCCGAACGAAGCUCAACGUGGCGGUUUUGCCUCACCGCCUCCGCAGGCGUCUUGAUGAUGAUUACCAGCCGCGUGGACGGAGCAGCAGCCACAGGCCGGCUGCUCCGCCCACCAAGCCAGACAUCACCAGACAAUUGUCCAUGUACAAUACUCAUUCACAGAGAAACGCCUCGUCCCAUCACCCGAAACCCAAAGCACUCAGCAACCAGCCAGUGGAGAAGACAUUUCCGGAUAGAAGAAAUACCAAACAACAUGGUGGACACUUUACGAAACCAACACCUGUUUAUGAAGCAAAGAGAAAACCGGGAUACAACUACGGACUACCGCUGCAACCCGUUGCUUCAAAAAAGCAAACCUACGGGCCGAGGAUUCUCGUUUGCGUGAGGAAGCGACCUCUGACCCCAGCAGAGAGACGGACAGAAGAGCCGGACGUUGUGAUGACGCCCAGUGCCGAGUGUGUGAUUGUUGAAGAGGGCAAAGAAGCCGUGGACCUCACUCAGUACAUUUUACAGCAUCCUUUCUACUUUGACCAGGUUUUUGGUGAGCAUCAUUCCAACGAAGAGGUGUAUAAGAAAACGGCGUAUCCUCUUGUGCAGCACAUGCUCAACGGGGGCAAGGCCACCUGUUUUGCCUUCGGACAGACGGGUGCGGGUAAGACUCACACCAUGAUGGGUUCCUCUCUCGACGAUCCGGGCUUGUACGUCCUGGCGGUCCAGGACAUCUUUGCGCACCUGUCGGCCUCACACAGCCACCUGCUGGUGUACGUCAGCUUCUGUGAGAUCUACUGUCGCCAGGUCUAUGACCUGCUGAACAACAGGAAAAGGUUGUUUGUGAGGGAGGAUGGUCACAACGUGGUUCACAUUACGGGACUUUGUGAUGUCAGAGUGGACUCGGUCAACUCACUGAUGAAGGUGAUGGCACAGGGUUUAGCGGCACGUAGCAUGAGGGUCAGUGGCGUGAAUCCGCUCUCGUCUCGUUCCCACGCCUUGCUUCAGAUUCAGCUCAGAUCUGCAAGCCAGCAGAUCAUUGGCAGAAUGUGGUUCAUUGACUUGGCGGGGAGUGAGAGGGCGUCGGACACCAAAGCAACAGACUGGCAGACCCGCAUGGAGGCAGCGGAGAUCAACCAGAGUCUGCUGGCUCUUAAAGAAUGCAUCCGCUCCCUCGAUCAAGAGCAGCGGCAUACACCUUUCCGACAAAGCAAACUUACUCAGGUCUUGAAAGACUCGUUUGUUGGUAAUUCAAUGACUUGCAUGAUUGCCAACAUCUCACCCGGUCACAUUGCCACAGAACACACACUGAACACACUGCGAUAUGCUGACCGUGUGAAGGAGUUGAGGGCUCACGGAGGAAAAGAAAACAGAACCACGUCUCUUUCCAAAUGCACCAAUGGGAAUGUCACAAGAGAUAAAAGUCUCCCAAAGAAGCCAAAAAUGGCGACACAGAGAGCGUCUUGUGGCACCAUUUCCCCCACCCCAAAGAAAGCCCCGGCGUACAUGAUGCACUGUUCCACACCGAAGACCAGCAGAUCAGACGAAGAAAGAAGCGACAAGGCCAAACGCUGGGUCUGGCCUGAACAAGCGGAAAAAGGUGAUGGUUGCAAAAGAGAAGACAAGCGUGAUCAUUGGCGGAAGCAAGAAAACCAAUACAAACCCGAAAGGGAUAAUGAUGAUGAUGACGAUGACGUGGUGAUGGUGGACCAGAGGAAUGCAGAGAUGCACCUGCACCAGUAUCACCAGCAGCUGCAAAAGUUUGUGCCGUUCUCACUCAACUCAUCUUCAUCGAGCCGACAGUCGCUGUCAUCUCAAGCUUCAUCCUCCAUCUCGUUUUCAGACCGAAUGUAUCGUGGUUUGAAGGACAUGUUGAAUGUGUACGAUAGCGGGAUCGGAAGCAAUGGUACGCCUUCGCCUUUUAAAGAUGAGGAGAGCGACGCUGUUGGGAAAGACAGGGCUGAAAGGGAACAAACAAGGUGGGCUCAGGUGGCGACAACGGAACCAGAGGAGGCCGAUUUGGGGUACUCUAACUCUGACGAGACUGGUGAGGACUCGUUGGAAAUGGAUCCCUCGCUUGAUGGCUUAUGGACUGACAGCCUACUGUUGGCCCACAGCAUCCAGAAGACGGACGUCAAGACCGCUCCUGCUGACAAGUCCGUAACCCAAGUCCCGUGUAGCUUUCAUGAAAACAACAAGGAAUCAAAAAACCUACCUCGACUUUUGAAAAAAACGUCCACCACGGGUAGAGACUCUCAGGUACCAAAGACACACAGGAUGUCUCAGGAAGGGGGUAGCCAUGAUUCCACCAUGAGUCAAAGACACCACAACGAGAAAUAUCUCUGUCUUCUCACGCCCGCAAAGCGUGAAAACUCUGACAGUCCUCGGGAUCCCACUUGUAACGCCAAGCCCACUGAGCAGCAAACCCAAGAACCACAACCCGUUCUGUUGAAGUCAUCGCUAAAUCCCUCAAACCCUGUGACAGACCAGCGUCUCCAAGUCCUCUCAGGCCAUCCUUCUCAGACCCAAACGGAAAGUACUGGAAAAUUAAAUUGUAAAGCAAGAGCCGUCAACCAGGAGUUUCCAGUCAGACUGUGCCAUGUGGGCCGCAUGGAUCACGCCAAAUGGUGUGUCAUCCAGGCCCACUGGGACAAACUACAAGAGAUGGAGCCUCUACUGCAGGAGGAUCAGACCCUUCUGUGCAAGCAGCCCCAUAUGGCGUUUGGGGACUAUGUGGACAAGCUGGAGGAGAUCAUGGAGAGGAACGCUCGCUGUCUGCAAAGCAUGAGAAGCAAGUUGCACAUGUAUCGUAUGAGCAAUUCCUUGAGGGAUCUUCAGCACAACAACAUAAUAGUGAAACAGUUGCUUGAAUAAACCAAGCUGACAGGAAGGCCUAUACACGUGCUGUAUUUACUUUAAAGGUGUUUACAUGGCUGACUGCUUAUGACUACCUAAAUUUACUAUAUUUAUUUGAAUUUAUUUGUAGUUAUUAUUGA